AUGGUUUUUGAUUCAACGCCGAGCAUAAAGGAUUUACUGGCAUUUGAUUUCUUUGCCGAGGAUACCGGGUUCAAGGUGGAACUGGCGCAGAGAGAGGAGUUGGUUAAAUCCGACAAGAACACUGUUAAUUUCAGACUUAGGGUCACAGACCACAAGAAGCAAAGGAAAGAUAAACCCGCGCAUAAAGAGAACGAAGCAAUCGAGUUCGAGUUCAAUAUUGGUGUGGACGAUUGUGCCGAGAUCGCGAUGAACAUGUACAAGACAGGGAUGCUCCUCACUGAGGAUGACGCAAAGAAGGUGGCGCACAUCAUGGAGACCCAGAUUACAGGGCUAAACAAGGAGAGGGAGGCGGCUAAACUAGAACGGGCCUUGGAACAGGAAAACCAGGCCGCAGAAAACAGUAAGGCAGAAUUGAACUUGGAGGCUGAUCAGAAUCCUGAUAACCUCGAGGAUAGGGAGGAGCAGGGGUUAAGGGAGGACGAGGGUAUAUUGGACGACUCUCAGAAGCUUGAUCAGGAGCAGGGGGGAAAAGAUUCAUCUCCUCCGUAUGAACCCAAGGCUAGUGUACAGACUAGAGGGGAAAUACUACCCCGGGAGAUUAAGGGAAGUGAAGUGUCCGGGUCCCAGGUGUACCAGGAGGGAGGCAACCAGGGAUACCAGGCAGGGGGGGAGGGACCCCCUCCUCAACUUUAUCAACCAGACUUUCAGAGAGAGCUUGUAAAGAAACUACAGAAGCAAGCUAGUGUAGAUCAGAAGGUAACUCUGGUUCCAGCACUGCUAAAUCCUGAGGAGCAGUAUCAGCAACAGCAACAACAAUUACAACAACAACAACAGUUGCAGCAGAUACAACAGCAGAUCAACCAACAUCAUUUGAGUCAAUCGACUCAGAGUUUAAAUCAGCUGCAGCCAGCUCAACCGCAGUUAAGUCUGUCAACUCAAAACUUAUCUCAACUCCAACCAAACCAGCAGCAGCCAUUGAGUCAAUCCACACAAAAUCUUUCACAACUGCCAUCUUCUCAACAGCAGCAACUAGCUCAACAACAACUGGCUCAGCACCAGCAGCAUUUGGCUCAACAGCAACAGUUAGCCUACCAACAGCAACUAGCUCAACAGCAGCAGCUAGCUGAGCAACAACAACAGCAGCUUGCACAUCAGCAGCAAAUGGCUUAUGAACAACAGUUGGCCCAACAGCAACAGUUAGCACAGCAACAACAGAUUGCUCAGCAGCAACAUAUCGCCCAACAGCAACAAUUGAUUCUGAGUAAACAGCAGUCCCAACAGCAUAUAUCUGUGCCAGGAACUCAAAUAAACCCUGAGCAGAUUCAGCAAACUGUGCUAACUCAUCCUCAGGUUAUUCAGCAGUCUGUUCCUCAACAUGAACAGCAGAUACAGCAACAACAUGCUUCACAAUACCAGAUUCAACAACAACAUGCAUCUGAACAGUUGGUAUCUCAACAUCAAAUUCAACAACAGCUUUCCAAUGAACAGUUUGUUCAACAGCAGCAGAUUCAGCAACAACUUGUUCAAGAACAGCUAGUUCAGCAACAGCUCUCCCACGAUCAGGCUGUUCAACAACAGCAGAUUCAGCAACAACUUGUUCAAGAACAGCUAGUUCAGAAACAGCUCUCCCACGAACAGGCUGUUCAACAACAGCAGAUUCAUCAACAACUUGUUCAAGAACAGCUAGUUCAGCAACAGCUGUCCCACGAGCAGGCUGUUCAUAAACAGCAGGUUCACCAACAGUUGGCCCAAGAACAGCAGAUUCAACAACAGAUUUCCCAAGAACAGCUGAGUCUACAGCAACAAAUUUCUAACAAUGCACAGAUAGUUACUGGAGAUGAUGGAAACCUGUAUUAUGCUGGUUCUACGCAAAAUGAUUCUCAACUCUCUAAUCAACAACACAGCUUUCAAAUAACCCAGGCAGGUCAACCCUUUCCAAUCCAGGCACAAUAUACAGUUGCUGGGUAUCCGCAGGGAGAUGUAUCCAGGUACCCCCAGCACCAGGGGGAGGAUGGAGGGGUUCGUCAAUACCAACCUGAUCUUCCUUUGCAGGACGAGAUUCUUCAACAAGCUCAUAUUCAGCAGUAUUCUCACGUGAAUUCUUCCGAUUCAGUUCCAAUUAACCAAUCAACAUUUGCCGGUGAUAAAAUCGCCGCAGUUGAUAUGAGUAGAUCCCAGGAGUUUUAUCCUUCGGUUGAUAAUAAUACUGUCAUUCAUCAUCAACCAGGAGUAGACUCCAACGGAAUCUUCAUACCGGGAGGAACUGAUCCUAUAAAUAAAAUAGGAUCCGAGGUUUCUACUUCGGAUCAUCUUCCUAAAAGGAAGAUCAGUGAUAUAAACUCAGGGGGUCUUGUUCCCGGAGAAACCAAUCCUCGUCCAGGGUUAACAUCACAAUCCGUGGACUCGGCAAUCUCUUCUGUAGAUCCUGCAAUAAAAGAUAUCGUCAAAGAAUCAAGUGAAAUGAGUGGAGGGUAUACUGAUAGCGAUACCGGAGCAGCCGACCCGGACGGUAAAUCUGGCAAGAAGAGAGUUAAAAGAGAACGGAAGAAAACUGCUGCAAAUCUUGGACCACGAAUCAAGGUUCUACGGAUUAGUCCUAUUGAGGCUGGCGUAGAGGCGGAGGAAGGAGAAACCGAGGCUAAAGUUACUGAACCCGGCAAGGCAGAUGUGAAGGUUGAAUGCCAGAUGGAAACUUCGAAGCAGAAAACCGUCACGUUCGAGUUCUCCACCACCGACAUAGUGCCGGAGGAGAUGGCGAAUACGUUUAUCCGGGAAGAUCUGCUGGCGGAGCAGCAUAGGAGGAUUCUCGUCGAACAGCUGAUUGACAUUGUCAAGCAGUUAAAUGAGAACCCUGAACGGCUUCCUGUUGCCUCAUUUCCAACGGAGGAAUGUUUCUCUCCUACCAGAGAAAAACGGGAACAGUCCGCUGAAUCUGUUUGCAGGGGAGAACCGAAGUUGGAUGAUUCCCCCCCUCAGCCUGGAGAAGGGAAAGAGCUCUCUCCUCAGGGCACUGUAACCUCCAACAGCUCAGGGUCUGGAAACUCCCAGGGGAACACCCUCUCCGCCCCCAACAGUCCGGCCAAGAAGGUUGAGAAGGAGGAUCAAAAAGAAGAGAAGGAGCAGAAAAGUCGGUUUUCAAGAUUUAAUAUUACUCCGGUAGCGGAGACCAAAUCUGCAAACACGAGCUCCGAGAUAUCCCACUGCUCCUCUCCCAAUAAACCGGAUACCACGCCCACAUGUGGAGAUCCACCCUCACUCCUUGCUCCUUCGGAUCCGCCGGGCACUAAAGUUACUCUAGAUCAAACGAUGGAGACUGUCAGAAAAAUUGAGCCCUUGGAUAACUCCCUUGAGAGUGUGAAGAUGAAGCUGGAGCUGCUGAGGAUGGGAAGUGUGGAGGAUAUUGGGAGGAUGGAUCUGGUUGAGGAUAAACCCCCCAGGGAGGAGAAGAAUAAGGAGGACAGGGAGAAUAAACAAUCUCAGAUGAGCCUCUCAUUAAAGGAUUCUGUUGUCGUGGAUUCAACAGGAACCCCUCUACCCUCUCCUGGAGUUCUUCCCUCACCAACCUCCCAUCCUCUACUGCUGGCAGGACAAGCAGUUCAGGCGGUGACCAAGGAAACUAGAGACACGGAGACACAUCACACCCUUGACAGGUCUGGAAUGAAGAAUUUGGAAUCCAACUUGGAGAAGAUAUUGCAACCUGAUUACAGUUCACAGAACCAAUCCUUGCAGGAGGAUACAACCCUUACAGGGAUAACUCCGAUAGAUGGAAGUGAACAGGGUAUUCCUGUAUCAAGCUCGGAACCCAACCCGGAUCAUAACACAAAGACCAAAGACGAUUAUAUCGGUAACAAUCUCCAGGUGGGUUCGGAGAAUGGAAAAUCUAUCGAGGAACUUAUCGGAGAACCUGGGGGACAGUCAACUCCCGUCCCGUCUCCGGAUAGACCGAAGGUAUCGGAGGUUGACUCUGGUGUGAAGGUUGACACGAAGCCAACCAAGAUGUCGAGGUUCGACGUGAAGAAAGUGAGCGAGGAGAAAGAAGUUUCUGAUCCUGAGGUACAUCACACACUUCCACCCAUCUCAGGAAAUGAUCUGGAAAAUUUAAAAUUCGACAAGGCUAGAUCCAGGAGUAUAUCUACAGAGGCCUGGAGACUUAGUGCAGAGGAGGAACACUACGAUUCAUCUCCUUCUCCGGGUUCAUGCUACGAUACUGCUAGUGAGUCUAUACCUUACGGUACUGAAUGUCUCCCAGGAGUAGUGGAGGAGAACUUGGCCAGACAAGGUUUACUCCCAGAGGGUUUUGUUAGAUCCGGAGAAAGGUCAGAUUUCCAGCCUGUGUACUCGACAGCUAACAUGGACCCACAUGAUCUGAACCUAUCCUCUAUAUCCUCUUCUACCGUGUAUAGUAAUCAGGGCAAUCAGGGAUUCAUCCAGCCAGGGUUUAGCUCAAUAUCUUCUCUAGGUUUCCAGCAGGUUCAACCACAACCUAUAUUUACCACCUUAGCUCAGCAACAGCAUCAGCUCCAACAGCAGCAGAUACAUCAACAGCAGAUACAACAGCAGCAGCAGAUCCAACACCAGUUAAUGCAACAACUUCAGAAUCCAUCUUCUAAUUCCGGAUUUAUGCCUCCAAACCAAAUUAAUCCUGAGGUUAUCCCUACCCGUGGUAUGCAGAUAGUAGGACAGGAUUAUAAUAAUCAAUGGAAUCAACCUAACUAUGAUCUCAACUCCCAGAUUGGCGUGAACCAGGACGAACAUCACAUGAGCGGAGACUCUAUUCCAGUUGGUUGUGAGGCUAGUCACCUGGAAGUCCAGGGUAGACUAGAUGUAAGUCAGGAUUCAGGGAUGGUUAGUUUAAAGGAGGGUUCAUCAUACCAUCAAUCCCUGCCACAGGUGUGUGCCCCGCAACCAAUGUUACCCCCGACCUCCCUUCAUAAUAUCCCUGGUAACUCUGCCUUUGUUCAACAGAACUUUAGACCUCAACCUGAAUCAACAUUUAUCCCAGUAGAACCAGCCAAGGAUCCACAGUACGGAGAACAGGCUACCUUGAGACAAUCCCGAGUAAAUCCAAGAUUUAUCAUCACUGAGGUUCCAGAGAUUCAGCUUCAGAAUAAACCCCGGAGAAAACCUAAACCUAACAGUGAAAUAUUUGGGUUAGGAAGUUUUAGGAGAAAUCCAGGACUCCGACGUCAAUCUGAUGUUCAUCUCGGGUCCAAGGAUUCAUUAGUUAGCGGAAGUCCAACACAUAUAUAUAACACCAUACACACUACCAGCUCAAUCAAACCUAGGAGAAAUGUCAGAUCCCUCUCUCGGCUGGAUUUUCACAGGUCUCGGGUUGUAUCGGAGACGGGUUCGGAUUCGAAAACUCCUCCGAGUGGUCGGCUAGACACCGAGAUGAAACAAAAGACUCUGACUGAACUGAAUCAAGAUCUAGAUACAAUUUUUCACACGGAUAGCGGAGGAUCCGUAAACAACCUAUCCCUUCCUCGAUCUCCUCCGGGUUACGCGGUCUCCCGUCCUGUCUCAAGAUCAUCAAACUACGAGGAAUCCGACCCGGCACAGUUUUUAGCUCGCAGAACUAGUCAGGACGAGAUGGAAUCUCCAGUUUUAAACCGUUCAUUUAUCCGGAGAUACCAGAAUGAAAACAAUGCAAGCUUUAAACCUGUUAAAUCUCCGAUGAAAUUACUAAGAUCAAACUCCAGAACCUACCUAGAGGAACCAGUCAUAGAUGAACUAGAGGUUUAUCACACCAUAUCCGGAGAAAAAGCCAACCUAAUGGCUGCGUCUAGAACCCAGAACCCGUUUUCCAAGAUAAUGCGUCGACCGGCCAAUAUUGUAGCUGGUAUCCCAUCCAGUCUGAUAGCGGUCAACAAAGGAGUGUCUGCGACUGAUAUUGAAACUGAGACUAUCAAUGGUCUGAGUGAGGAUGUAUGGCGGCUUGACGUCGAGGCUGUAGAGGAUGAUCAAGAGCCGAUUACAGAGGAGGAAUCUAUCAUUCAGAAUGCUCUUAAUAAACUAGAACAGAGGCAUAUGAAUGAGAUGACCAACCUGCAGCGUAGGAUGGAGGAUUUGAAGAUGCAGUAUGUGCAGGAUAAAGAAACCUACAGGAUUCAACUAGUAUCUUCUCUCCUAGCUGCCAGGAAGUCCCAGGAGCAAGAAAGGUUGCAGCAGCAGCAGGAUGUAUAUAACUACGAGCAGAACGAGAACCUCAGGAAGCUCCAGGAACAGAAGGAUCUUCUCCAGAAGCAGAUUGAUCAAGAGCUUCUGCAGCAAAAGCAGCGGCAACACCAACAUCAGCAGCAACAACAGCAUCAUCAACAGCAGCAGCAUCAACAGCAGCAGUUUCAACAACAACAUCAUCAACAGCAGCUCCAGCAGCAGCUGCAACAGCUUCAGCAGCAAGGAGGUCGGGUCAAUAUGGGAUCAGAGCAUAAUCCUAUGAUGUUUAGUCCAACCAGCAUGAGUUUACAAAACCAGCAGAACCAUAAUCAGCAGGUUCUUCAACCUGUUCCUAGGAUUGCUUACGUGAGCCCCGGGAGUAACCAGUAUGCAAAUAUGCAACCACAGUAUAUUUCUGUGGGUGGGGGUCGUGUUAUAGCCGUGUCAUGUGCAGGAGGAGGUCAGCAGAUGUAUCUAACCCCUGAGCAGUUGAUGAUUCAGCAGAAUAUGCCCCAGCAGCAGAGAUAUUCUCCAGCUAGUAACCUAGAUCACGAGGUCGAGGAGAAACUAGAUCGCCUAGACUGUGAAUCUGUUCAGUCAGAACCUGUCCGAAAUCUUCCAGUUGAGAUGCACAAGAGAGAUUCUCUCUCCGAUAGCGGAGCCGAGGGGAGCGGAACGAAUACACCGACAAGAGGGAGAACUUUUACGGAGGGUUUACUCCGGUUUGUGCAUGAUAGUAAUUUACAGAAACCCGUCCCGGAGAGACGAGUUAGUAAUAUAGAGCAACCAGUAAUGGGACAUCAAUCCGGAGGACUUGGCAAUUCAUCUGUUCCGGUUCCGGUUAUUCAGGCGAAUAAUGCUCCGCCAUUUACCGCCAUUAAUCCGCCCCCAUUUUCCGGAGUGAUUCAGCAAUCCAAUGUCCCUGAGCCCGCCUAUCCUAGUGAGCUUAACGCCGACUUUAGAACUACAUCAUUAACCAGUCUCUCCAGUCAUGGAGGAUAUCAGGGAUAUCCAAACCAUUCUAACACCAUCCAUGGACAGUUGCCUCAGUAUGGAUACGGUGCAGGAACUUCAAAUCCCUCCUCGUUCCAAGUAAGAACAACCCCGUUAAAUCCCUCGGCUGUCCCAGUUAGACAGGAGUCUCGUCCUGCUAGUUCUCUAAUCAUGGGUGGAGAAACAACAUCAGUUAGACAACCUAUCAUGUCUAGUACAGCACAGCCUAGUAUGGGAUACAACACUAUGACAGGGAUGAUACCUGUUAUGAUGAUGCCGAAUACGUCCCAAGCUUUGUAUAGUACGGCUAGAUAUCAGCCUUCACAUGGUACCCCAGCCUCGCCUCCAGGUAUAGAUCAUAGAGCUAGCCCAGCUACUGGCUACAUACCCAGUAAUAUGAUGGGACAAUCUCAGGGUCAGGCUUUUGUUAAUCAUCCUUCCGUUAACAAUAUCCAGAAUACGUACCGACCUCUACCUGGAUAUUCAAAUAUUCCGGUUAACCUGACUCAAGGUGCCAGUCAAGGAAUGGUUCAGGAUAUUAGUAUGUUAAACUCUGCUCCGGGAGCAUUAAACCAGGGUUCCGGAGUCUUGAACCCAGUUCCAGGUUUGAUCAAUCCUGGACCCACGCUGUUGAAUCAUUCUGUCAUACUAAAUCAAGGUCAAGCUGUCAUGAAUCCGGCUACAUUAGCUGGUAUGGGCAUAAACCAUCCUUUAAAUAUGCCCGGAGGCUCGUAUCCUGUAUUAAACCAACCUAUGAACCAUCAACAAGGUUCAACUGCUCCAAGUAUAGCUGGAUCUAUGGCAGGAUCCUAUCAUGAAUCUGUUCAUGCUGAGGAUUCAGUCUACGGUUCUAAUCUAGACCUGGAGCCACAACAAUAAACUCUAACCUGGUAUCCCUGCUCCGUCAGUAUUAGCUGUAGCAGUAAACCCAGUUUAGAAAUCAUAAGUAUAAUAUAUAAAUAUAAGAUUAUGACGCUUCUAUUUUGAA